UUUCUGAAAAGUAAGAGCUAACAGGAACCAAACUAUUAAGACUGUGGACUGUGUCUACUGCCACAAAAAAUAGAGUCGGGUCAUUAGUGAAUGAGAACCAGUCAUGAGGGACCACUUAUAUCUUUUCAUCUUUAUGUUUCAUUUCAGUACAGACUGUAUUGUUUCAGAUAUGGAUCAGACAAUAGUAAUAACAGGAUACACAGGUGGUUCAGUUGUGCUGCCCUGCUCCUGUGCUGACCCUCAGUCUACAGCCACAACAUUCAUCUGGGAGUUUCAGCAGCAAAAUCGGUGGUUUCCAGUAUUUGAAGAUGUGAAAUACAGCGGCAGACGUGUGCUGUUUAAUGAAAGUUCUCCAACAAAUCUGUCUCUUCUCAUUUCUGACCUCAGAAUGGACGACCAGGGCUACUAUGGCUGUAAGACUGAAGCAAAUAGAAUUACAUAUGUUGACUUAAAAGUUAAAGGGUGUGAUCUGGUUGAGAACAGAAGGACAGUUGUAGUGACUGGAUAUUCAGGAGAGUCUGUGGCUCUGCCCUGUUCCUGCACUGAACUACUGGCUAAACCUCAACAGAUACAAUGGAUGUAUCUGAUAGAGAAUACAUAUAAAGAAAUUUACCCAAAUGAACAGACUGAGAAUUACAAGAACAGAGUCAAACUGUUAAAUCCAAACACUCCAGGAAAUCUUUCUCUACACAUAUCAGCACUGACCACAGAGGACCAAGGGCACUAUCAGUGUUUUGUCUCGUCUCAGCAAGUAGUUGGCUUCAGACUUACUGUACUUCACGCUGAAGAAAAACCUCACGUCCACACGGCCACUUUAACGACACAUCAGGCCUCACACCAAACACAAGACUCCACAACUUCACAACUUAAACUGACUCCACAACAUGUAUCUCAAAAUGUUUUCAUUCUACUGGGAGUGUUUUUCUCAGUGCUUUUACUGUUAUUACUGGCAUUUAUAUUAUGGAGAUGCAGAGGAGGCAGAAAUGAUAAAAAGGUAACCACUGAUGGUGAAGAGCUAAAGAGAGAACAAGACAAUCAGGAUGACGUGAUGUAUUCUGCUGUAGUCCAUGUUAAAAAAGCAUCCACACCAGCUCAUACGCACAAUGGCCCAGUAGAGCUCACAGAGUACGCUCCUAUCAACAUUAAGCGCUAAAAGAACAGGGAGCACUGUAGAGAGUGUACACUUUUGUUAUGAGAGUUUUCUGUAACCUCAAUGCAAAAAGAAACCUGUUCAUUGUUAGGACAUUUCAGUGACUUUAAAGUACAUCAAGAAUGAUUGCAAAGCAGGACUAAACAACUGAGGAAGCUGUGUUGGCCGUCUCUAUUUUUAUACGUGAGCACUGACACUAUGUGCACACACUUUCAAGUUCUCGCACAAAAUGACAAACCAUAGUGUGUUGGGCUUUGUGGUUCACAUAUGUGCUUUAAAAUCAGCUUGAAAUGAUUAUUGAUUUUAUAGUGAACAAUUCAUCUAUGUAUGCUACAUUUUUUUUUGCGCUCAUAAUACUUAAUAAAAAACCUCUUCAAUAAUUUUAUCCACAUAAACUCCUUUAUUACAAUUGUCUGCAAACUCACACUUAGAUCUGCCUCCAUCCAAUCAAAAACUGAUGGAUGGAACCAAGUAUCGACCAAUUUUCUUUCUUUUUUUUUUACUUUUUUGGUAAUCCAUAUCACUCAGAUGUGUCACAAUAUGAAAAGUAAAAAAAUCUUUCGCAACGUCUGUUACUUUAUGAAGUUGAGUAAUCUGCAUUGACAAAUAGGGGAGCACAAUUCUUAAAACAGGAAAUAAAAAGUCAUCUUGCAAACUUUACUGCUUUCUGUCUAUCAAUAGAGUACAAAUGUGACCCUGGACCACAAAACCAGUCUUAAGUCGCUGGGGUAUAUUUGUAGCAAUAGACAAAAAUACACUGUAUGGAUCAAAAUUAUUGAUUUUUCUUUUAUGCCAAAAAUCAUUAGUAUAUUAAGUAAAGAUCAUAUUCCAUGAAGAUAUUUUGUAAAUUUUCAUACUGUAAAU